CCCACUCCCUUCCCCGAGCAGGGCAGAGAACCCAGGAGUCCUGGCUCCUGGCCCGGGGCAGGACACGUGCAAAUGGGCGGGAUGCGGAUUCUGCCCUGCAGCGUCAGGCCGGGCGGGGUCCCGGGGCAGCAGCGGGAUGGAGACGCACCAGGCCGGGGGGCUGCCGCUUGCCCCAGCUCGCCCAUCCCCCACCGGUGCCGAGAGCAUUUCCUGCAUCAAGCAAAUCGGGGCGUCCCUGCUCCGGGGGUUCGUCUGGUCCCUGCUCCAGCAGCAGGGCCCUGGGUCCCCCCCGGCCCGGUCGGUCACCAUGGAGGAGCUGGGGGGCCAGGACACCCCCGAUGGGCCCCGGGUCGCGUCCCUGCGUGAGACUCUGCACCGGAUAUGGGAAAGCAUGAGCCAGAACCCCGAGAUCGACAGCCUGGUGCAGUGCAUGGCGGGGCAGCCCCCCCUGCCGGCGCUGGCCGCGGUCUCGGAAGAGGUGUUUCGUGACGGCAUCAACUGGGGCAGAGUCGUCGUCUUCUUCUACUUCACCUACAGGGUCAUCGCCCAGGCUCUGGGCGGGUCUGACUGUCUCCGGUCCCUGGUCGACUGGGCCCUAAACUUCCUGUGGGAGCAAGUCGCCCCCUGGAUCCAGCGCCAGGGGGGAUGGGACUCCAUCUUCAGCUACCUCACUUCCUCCGCCUAGGGGGGGCCCAGACACCCCCCCCCCCGGGACGGCAUCAGCAGCUGGACGGAGCAGCCCCCCCUCUGCAGCAGAGACCCCACUGGCUGGACAGGGGGGGGGGAAUUACCCGAUGCCUCCAGCUCUGCAGAAGCGAAGGCAGACUGGGGGGGGGAACGUGUGAGCAUCCCCCCCCCCCCGCAAAAAAAAAAAAAAAGAAAAUCACAAAUGAAAAAGGACAAAUAAUCAGGGCUGCCAAUGAAUCACGAUUAACUCGCAACAAAUUAACUCGAUUU